GUCGUCACCGCCCACGAGCUCGAAUGAGCCACAUACCGAUGCUCGCGACCAAAGACGAGCACUCGCUCGAGUCGUACGACCUGCAGAUCCUGUCGCAGCGCAAGUCGUCGAUUACGGGGUCGAUCGCCGCCGACUCGCUCUUUGCGCCCACCGUAAGCGACGGCACGGCCUUGGCCCGCCACCAGCAGCCUCCUACGAUGGAGAACAAUGCUGACGACGAAGGUGCCACCCGCCGGUCGUGGACGCAUUACUACGUCGGUGCGCCUGGUACGCUCCUCGGUGCGGCCAUUGGCCUUGGCCUUGGGCUCUUUCUCGCCACGGACUCGGUCAAGUCGCAGCUCAAGCAGUACGACUACGCCGAGAAGCUUAUCGUGCGCUGGGGGGCGCUCUAUUUCCGCGCUGUGAGCUGUCUCUUGUCGCCGAUCGUGUUUGUGAGUCUCGCUCGCGCAGUCGCCGACAUUGUCGCAAGUCCGCGCAUGACGCGCAUGGGGUGGCGGCUCCUCGCCUACUCGUUUGGGACAACAUUAUUGGCCGUCGCGCAGGCCAUGGCGUGGGGAUACCUCUUCGCCGACAAGUACGACGGCGCUGAGUACAAGUUCAAGUACUCUUCGUUUUCCAUCAAGUGCCCCAACACGAAUGGCUUGACCCUUGGCGCGCACAAGAACGGCACCUUGUUCUGCGCCAACAUGACGGCCAAGCAGCUCAAAGCCAACGGUUUUCCGCUCUAUGACGACACCAAGCAGCUCGUGCUGGCGCCGGACAUUCGCAAGCUUGUCUACUACGAGUCGACAACCCAAGAGAUUCUACACGGCCUGCUGCUCUUGACGCCCGGCAACUUUGUCGGCGCCUGGUACCGCAACGAAGUCAUGAGUAUCGUGAUCUUUGCCAUGGUGUUUGGCCUCGCGGUCGGUCUCGCCCAAGUCAAACCACUGCUGCAGCUCCUCGAAGGCCUCGAGACGAUCCUCAACAGCAUGAUCCCCAGGACACACAUGCCGUUGAGCCAAAUGUACGUCCUUCGUGCUCAAGAUGUCAGGUGA